UCCUCCCUCAACUUUGUCCCUCCAGCCACGCACACACUGUUAGAGCUACUGUUUCUCCGCCGCGGUUAGGACACUAAAGCGGCCUCGGGUUUUUAAACUGUUUUGUGAAAGUCUGCAGUCCGACUGUGGACAAAAGCGAGUCCUGGGCGAAGAAGAGGAGAGGAAACCACGCUUGUGUAGUGAUUUUAUUACUGCGUCGCCACAGGACACAGAUGAUGGAGACCAAACUCUGGAUUGCCCUUUGCGCGCUUCUAGCGAUUUACUUGGGAUCCGCUGUACACGCUGAUGAGCAUACUCCUACCCCUUCUUCAAAAACUACUCCUAGUACUGUUCAAACUACAGGGACUCCAGUUCUGGACCAUGAGUCUAGUUUGAGCCCGGAUGCUGCCAAUCAUUCAGGGAGCAGCCCAGCGACAAACACAAGUUCCAAUGGCACAGUCAAUGUGAGCAGUAGCACAACUACAGAAAAUACAAGGAUCACCAUCAUAGCCGAACCAGGGAAAGAUAAUGUAACCGACCACACCAUUAAGACCACAUUAGCAAAAAAUGAAAACAUCACAAAUACGACACUUUCCCCUUCUCAGAGCAGCCCCACCACAGCUGUUCCCAUUAAUAUCGGCACCACACACGUACUGCACACUUCUGCAGGUGCACCGGUCACCCCGACUCCCUCAUUAAAUCAAAACGCAUCACACCAUGAGACCAAAGCACCCCCUGCUACUUCUGCCCCAGCAUCGGAACCAACAAAGCCUGAAUCUAUCACUAACGCCACCACCACCAAGUCCAACACAAAUUCCAGCACCGCCUCCGUCCAAAAGGCCUCCACUUCCCAGCCAACGUCAAACACUUCACAGUCCAACAGACAGUCCACCCAGCCUAGCAUCCAGACCAGCUCCCACACCAACAACCCAUCAGAGCUCAACGUGGACGGGGACGGGACAGCCCACAACUCUCCUGGAUUAGACCCCCUCCUGGCUGGUCUGGUAUCAGCCUUCAUCAUUGCUGCUAUCAUCAUCACUCUGCUCCUCUUCCUCAAACUGCGCCGAAGAGGCAACGGGCCGGAGUUCCGCAGGCUGCAGGACCUACCUAUGGAUGAUAUGGAGGACACACCUUUGUCCAUGUACAGCUACUGAUGAAGGCACAAUAGGAUGUUUGAUGUCCAAAUACCCUCGCAGAUUCCAGAAUCAGGCCACUGUGGUUGGUGAAAUUGGUCUCUCUUCCUUAAUCUGCACCAAACAGAAACUGCAAUGGACAAUGAAGAAAAUAUCCAUGAUGUUGCCUUUUGGAUUUUUUUUCUAAAUUUGUCUGUUAUCACAAGUGUUCCCAAUUUUUCAUCCAUCCAUUCAUUCAUUUGUUCAUUACUGUAAACUUUACAUUAUUCAGCCCAUCUAAGGUUGCUGGGGUUGUGUAAUAUAUUUGAUUUCUCUAGAAUUGAAAAUAGGUUGUUUCAAAGCAGAAGAUCAUCUGACAUGGCCAUCGACUGAACCUCUCCUACUGUGGCUCACUGGUUUAAUGUUGCUUUACCAGUUAAAGUCUGGCAGAAAUAAAGGCCAGCAAGCUAAAGAGAAGAAAUAAACAACACAAACCACCUGAUUAUAUUGUUAACAAGGUUGCACUUUACUUUUUUUAGGAGUGGAGAUUAAAAAACAUAAGUAGAAGAAUUUUCUGUGUAUUAAAGAUAAGGUUUUUGUGUACAUAGGCAGCAUAGCUGGGUGAACGUUUGUGUGUGCAAGUGUGUUAAAGAGGCAUGGGAGGUUUUAUUUAACUUCUUUUUUUUGUUACCUUAAUGGUUUUGCUGGCUUUUUUGCCUGAUUUUGAUAUGUGCAGUGUUUUAAGUCCAGGAGAGAGUGCCUUACACAGUACACAAACAGCUUUUAAUGUAUAUUGUUUUCAUAUUCCACAAAAACUAAUUUCCAGAUUAAGUAUGCAUUCCCAGUAACCAUUUGAACACACGCUCUGAGGGCCAAGUGGCUGCUAGGAGUCGUCUGUGUUUGAAGAUAAGCCUCAGGCAUGUUCACCGUAAGGCACUCUUUCAUACAAUGACAGACUGAUGUGCGUUAGUGGCCUUUCCACACAAUGUUUUUCAUUUUCCUGUGUAUUGUAGAUACUACUGAUCUGCAUCAAGCAAAAGAAUAUGGAUAUAAAACACGUGGGGGAAAAAAUAUAAUGGGUGGAAAUGUGACAAACAGGACAACUGAAUCGCCCACAAUGACACAAAACACAUUUUAACUCCUCUUUAUUUAGAAAAAAAAACAAACAAAAAAAACAUUGUCCACUGAUACAAGUUAAAUUCUGGUUUAAAUCAUGCUGAUAAGUUUGAGCUACACCUGUGUUUGUAGUUUAGUAUUUGUGCCACCGAAAAGGAAAAUGAAAGAAAAUUUGUGUCAGGCCAUAAAAGAUUCAGUGGUCUUUGGCAUAAAUUCUACACUUUUAAUUCUCAUCAAUCCUCAAACUCAUUCCUUUAUUUGGUGAGAGUAAUGGUUAUGCUAUAACCAUUUAAAAAGAUCUAAUGUAUAAGUCAGUCAUCAUUUUUAAGUCCUGUAUUGUCGGUUUCUGUAAAAACGAAUGCCGAAUGCUUUUCCUGAGGCUUUGCUGCCAGAUGUGAAUUAUUGGAUUGUUGGUGAUUUAUGAUUAAAGAUAUUUUGAAACCA